AUGCCAGCAAAGCCCACAUUGGAGCUACAAGGAGACGAGCUUAAUGAGUUCUCCAAGCCACCAAUGACGCCUAUUGAAUACAACGCAAGUGUUGGCCACCAUCACGUCGAAACCACGUCUUGGGCAGAAGCUACAGACGGUCGUAGAGAACGGGCGAAGGAAGAGACUAUGAACAGGAUGCCAGAAAGUGAUGUCGAAUCCAGUGAUGAAGACUCGAGUGACGACGAAGGUGAUGAGUUCGCGAUUAGCUACCGUCAAUGUAGCAGCCUGGAAGACUGUUCCUGUGGUAGUGAAUAUGAUGAUGGUCAUGGGCACGACAAAGAGGAGAAUAGUAGUCCCGGAGCGCCGCUCAGCAUCGCGGGAGGACCACUUGAUAACUCGCAAACGACUCAACCCCGCACAGAGAUCAACCCCGACACGAAUAUUGAUUUGGAUCAAAACACCCCACCCACUACGAAGACUACACCGAGAACACAGUCCGGAGCCGACAAGAUGGCUGGGCCUCCGACAGCAAGGCACGACUACAAGAGUGGUGUAUACAACCGCCACCAACUCCGACAAGGUCUUAAGUACCUGGGUUUGAGUCAGAAUGCACCUGAGCUGAAGGAACUGCAUGACCGCAUCGACAAAUGGGACAGGGAGAACGCGCCCGACGCGGUGCACAAGUAUAUCAUCAAGCACAAGCACACUGCAGUAUCCUUCAUGAAAAAUCUCAAGGUCUUCGACGACGAUUGGAUGGCUCAGGUCAAGGCCAAGCUCGACGAGCAAGAUCCGCAAGACGGGGAAUCUGAAGAGGGAUCAGAUGAAGAAUUCGAAGGGGGACAAGAAGAGAAUUCUGAAGAAGGACAAGGCCAAGGCUUCGACCAAGAGCAAGACUCCGACCCAGAAGACGUUGACGAAGAUGAUAUGAACGUUGAUCAGGCUUCCGAACAAGGCGAUUCUGGUAAGAACUUGAUGAGUGGUGUGGUAGAAGAAGUAUUCACUAUGUCGACAGAGCAACAAACGACCGACCGUACGACCAUUGCGUCAUCCCACACUUCCAAGACCCCACGAGCGACUAAGUCUGGAGAGAAAGCGACCGGAGCCGCUGGGACCGAACCGUCGAGGAGCAAAGAGAGACUGAUCGAGCAAAGCGUAACUGUAUCGAAGCAAACAACUUUAGUGAGCAAUCGAUCAACGAAGAUCGCAAGCCAGAACACUAGCAAGCAGACAUUUCUAGUAAAAUCUCCCACCGAUGUCAUCCAGCGCUUUGCUAAUAUCGUUUUCAAGAUGGCCGAACCACCGCAUGUACCCCUUCUGUUGAAGUUGCGACUUAGUUCGGACAAGCUACGUCAGGAACAGCUCCGCAACGACGCCGUUGCAAAGUCAAAGCUACCCGAAGCCGACGCGGACAACGCAACUAGCGCUACUGAACAAGUCAUUGCUGGCGAAGCACCUGACGCCAAUGCACAAGAGACUAGGCGUGUGACGCGCGGUAUGCGAGCUCUUGGCAGUACACACAUGGUCGUUACACAGAUGGACGGUACACAGAUGGGCGGGAUGCAGGAGGGCGGUAAUCAGAUGGGCACCAUGCCGGUACCGAUGGAUAGUGCUUUGGAUCCUCCAGGCCUGAUCCCGCGCUCGCACUUCACCGACCCAGAAGAACGCCUUCAGUACGUGUGGAAUACCCGUCACUUGCAACCAGCGCGCAUGAAGACAACUCCCCCAGCUGUUCUCGCUAGACGCCGACGCGAGGACGCUGCGUUCGAAGCCGCUACGCAGAAGAGGCUCAAGGAGGAACGUGAGGCGCGCGAAGCCAAUGAGGAGGAGUUUCGUCGCAGGCGGGAAGAAUUCAUCGUGAAGGACAAGAAGGCGCGGAGGUGGGCUAAGGCCAUCGAAGACGAUAUGGAGUUCUGGUACAAAUCGCCUCUUGCCCGUAAUAUCAGGAACGGAGCUGAUCCUAACUCUGAAGAGCUGGAGCAGCGUCGCAAGCUCAAGCAAGACGGUAUGAUGAGGGGCAUGAAUCCUUUCCCGGGCGUAAAGGGAGAUAUGAUGUCUUCCGAGGCUAAGGAGAAGGAGAUCGGAGAGAUGCAGGAGUUCCUGGCACUUCAGGCAGCCAAGGGAGAAACUUACUUCCCCCUCGCUAGGACAAACUAG